UCCGCCUACUCUUUCUCUGAUCUUUUCUUCUUCUUCCUUCUUCCUCUAUUUCCUUUUUAAGUAGAAACCAACGUUUCCCUCUCUGCUCAUUUGUCACUUCCCAAGUACAUCCCGGUUCUGAUGGGUCUGCUCAAAGCUAAACCUCUUGUUUACAGACCCGUGAAAGAUGUUGAUUUGGGACCCCAUAGUGAUGAAUUCUAUCUUCAGGCCAAUGUCAAAGCUCCUCGCAUGACUGGAAUUUUGGUCAAAAUUUUCGCUAGGCUCAUGGAGAUUCCAUUACUUGGAACCCUUUUACUGUACAUCUUGAAAGGAAACAAUCUCAUUCACAAGCUUAUUACACAUGCAGAACUGGAAGAGCCUCCUCUCUUUGUUCCCUUGCAUCCUUUUGAAGAUCCUAAAGAACAAGAAGUAAAAUGCCUAGAAUCUGAUUUAUCUCCAGUACGGCAAGUUCAACUUGCAACAGAAUGCUUGCCUGCUAUAUAUUCAGAAAAGAAGCCUUCGUUCUUUCGAUGGACAAUAAUGGACUACCACAGAGCCUACAAUUCAGGAGAUACAACUCCAUUUAUGGUUGCAGAACGAUUUAUAGCUGCUGUUAGUCAAUCAGCAAACCCCCCUUACCAGAUGGCAUUCUUUAUUGACUCAAAUAAUGAAGACAUACUAAGACAAGCAAAGGAAUCUACUCUUAGAUAUGAAAGAGGAGAACCUAUUUCUGUGCUUGAUGGUGUUCCUGUUGCUGUCAAGGAUGAAAUAGACUGCUUGCCGUAUCCAACCACAGGAGGAACAAAGUGGCUGCACAAAGAAAGGUCUUGUAAAGAUGAUGCUUGUUGUGUUAAGCGUCUAAGAUUAUGUGGAGCCAUAAUUGUUGGAAAAACCAAUAUGCAUGAACUUGGGGCUGGAACUAGUGGCAUUAAUCCACAUUAUGGCGCUACUAGAAAUCCGUACAACCUCACCAAGAUUGCAGGAGGUUCUUCAAGUGGAUCUGCAGCAGUUGUGUCUGCAGGACUUUGCCCUGUUGCCCUUGGUGUUGAUGGAGGAGGAUCUGUGAGAAUGCCUGCAGCUCUUUGUGGAGUUGUUGGUCUGAAACCAACUUUUGGUCGUGUACCUCAUUCUGGAGUUCUUCCUCUGAACUGGACAGUGGGGAUGGUAGGAAUACUAGCAGGCACUGUUGAAGAUGCAUUGAUAGUUUAUGCUGCAAUCAGUGGUGAAAUUCCGUCUCAUCAAUCCUCGAACAUCCCAGUGCAUCUUCCAUUGCUGGGCCUGACAAAGUCCAUAUCUAAAAUCAAGUUGGCGAAAUAUGGGAAGUGGUUUGAUGAUUGCAGUGAUGAAGUAAGAUUAUGCUGCUCUCAAGCUUUGAACAAGCUUCAGGAACAUUAUGGUUGGCAGACUUUAGAAGUGACCAUACCAGAGAUAGAAGUGAUGAGGCUGGCACAUUAUUUAACAAUUGGAUCUGAGUGUAGCACGUGGCUUGAUUCGAUACGAGAAAAAUAUGUUGCAGAACAAGGAUGGGAUGCAAGAGUAGCUCUCAACAUCUACGGUGCUUUCAGCAGCAAGGAGUAUGUAAAAGCUCAAAAAAUUAGGAAUCGCCAGUUACAGUUUCAUAAGAAGAUAUUUACUGAGGCAGAUGUUAUCGUCUCACCAACCACAGGUGUGACUGCGUAUUCCAUCCAAGAUGAUGCCCUCAAGACUGGUGAGCUUGACUACGUCAAUGGAGCUGCACUAAUUAGAUAUUCCAUAGCUGGAAACUUUCUGGGACUUCCUGCAGUGACUGUUUCAGUUGGGUAUGAUAAAUUGGGUUUGCCUAUUGGUCUUCAGUUUAUUGGAAGGCCUUGGUCAGAAGCAACAAUUAUUCACUUGGCAUUUGCAAUGCAGGCCAUUUGCGAGUCAGAGCAGAGAAAGCCAGAGGUUUUCUACAAUCUGCUAAGCAAAGAUGGAUAGGGUGUGGCAUAUCAGAAGAAGGAAGUAAUGUAAAUUACGUUGCAUGUUCUUUGAAGCUGACACAAGCAGAGCCUUGUUUCUCAUGGGAUUCUUCUGCUUGUUUAUUUCCCUUCCUGAGGGAAGUUUCUGUUUACAAGGAUUGGCUUUUUAGAAAUUUUUUGGGCUUAUUUAUCAGAUCAGCUGAGGAACAUGAAGUUUUGAUUUGAAAGAGAAAUUAAAAAAAGGGACCAAUGGAGAUCAUGCAUUUGCCUUGAAA